CAACCCCAAGGCCGACUCAACACCCCCAGAAAAAAGUGUCCAUGGCAAUAACAGCAACAGAUCCCUUUUUCCCAUCUGAAUACGCAACAACAACUAAUUGUCACAAAUAUCCCUCCAUCGAAUGGCUAAUGUUGGGAAAGACAAAGAAGAACAGAAAAGACGCUGGCGAUUUCGGUUUCUCUCGGGGGGCUAUACAAUAUGACCAUGGUUCCUGUUCCAACAACCCUUUUUAAUCAGCAACACUACGAUGAUGGUGGUGGUGGUGCCGGUGGAAGUAGCGGUGGUGUUGGCGUUGGCAUUGGCAUUGGUGGCGGCGCUUGUGGAGACUGUUUUGCUACUGGUGGGAGCUUCGGUCAUCUUAUGAAUCAAAUAGCAGCCGGGGGUUAUGAAUAUGGUAACCCUUGUAGCGAGGUCGAGGCGUGCAUAGGAUCCGAUCCGGUUGAAGUUGGGGCUGGAACCACUGGGAUUGGGAUUGCACACAAUCACAUGGCCGAAGACGAGUCUAGAAGUAGUAGUAGCCUUAACGAAGCCGGCUCAAGCUCCAAGGGUGGUGUUGGUGUUGGUGGUGGUAGUGGUUCUGGUGGUUCUCUUCAUCAGGAAGAGCGUGGUGAUGAAGGGUGGCUUCAAUUGGGCAUUGGUGGUGCCAGUCGAACGGACCCCAAGCUUAAGGAUCCUCUCGAACCACCCACCGGAACUAGACGACCCGGAUUGGUCGAGCUCGAUCUAUUAACCCCAGGUGGUGGUAGCGGUGGUGGCGGCGGCGGUGGUAGGGGUGGCAGUGCACAACAACACAUGGUUAAUAAAGCGAAGGACCCAAUAUUCUGCACGACCGAAUUCCGAACUCCUCGUCCACCAAUCGCAAUAACACCAUCUCCUCCUCCUCCUCCUCCUCCUUUGUUCUUGCAACACCAAUUCCCAAACCCAAUCCCAAGAGCUACUAGCUUAACUAGCUUAACUAGCUUAACCGGUUUAAGCUUUCCUCACCAACCAGAGUUUCCUUGGGGAUAUAACAGGUCUAACCCUAAUCCUCCAUGGACUACUACAUCAUCUUCCUCUCCUUCUUCUUCUUCCGCUACUCCCUCUUCUUCAAUGCUUCCAGUGCCUUAUUUUGCCCGACACCCGGGCCUAGAUUUGGCCGGUCCAAGCUCGAGCUCCUCCGAUAUCCGAGUCAUCGAUGCUCCACCUAGACCACAUUCCGGUAUUUGGUUUGUGCUUCAAGCCUCUCAAAAUCAAGCAAAAGAACCCUUUUUGGCUCAGAUAACAAAGACCUUCCUCAGAAUCAAGGAUGGCAGAAUGACAGUUCGAUUGCUGAUGAAAUAUGUGGUUAACAAGCUGAGAUUGGAUAACGAAUCAGAGGUAGAGAUAAGAUGUAGAGGGCAAGAGCUACUGCCAUUCUGGACUUUACAACAUGUUAGGGAUACCAUAUGGAGGUCAAGGGACUCCGUGACUUUGCUUCCUGACUCCUCAGCCGCAGAUCAUGUCAUGAUUCUACAAUAUGGUAGGAGCCCUUAAUUAAAGAGAUGGU